AUGAAAAAAGGUUACUUGGAUGAUAUUGAUAUGUCCGAAGAUAAACCUACCUUCGACAAACCUAGUACAUCCGAAGCUUGGAAGAACAUUCUGGCAGAUUUUAGUAUGGCUGCUAAAAAUGAUGAGCCAAAGCAUGUAGUUCAAGCUUAUACACGUUCACAACCACUGAGCAGGAAAAUAAACAAUGAUAUGGCGAGGAAUACGUAUCAUGAACUGACACUCUACUGUACGCCACUGAACUGCAAUGUCCUUGCACGUACACAGGACGGAAUUGACGCUUUUGUUAGCUUACUAUUUCAUCCAAAAUUAGACCAGUAUGUUUGUAAAGAUAAAUUAGAGGUUUACCGAGGUUCGGUUAUUAAAAGUGAAGGCGUACUGAAGAGCUAUGAAAAAAGUUCCAUUAUUAUAUCGACGACGUUUCUCUCGACAUCAAGAAACCCUACAAUUGCAGAGAUUUACAAUGAUCCUGGUAAUACAAAUAAAAUCUCAUGUCUUUGCACAUAUAAAAAGAUUUUUAAUUAUCGUCGGACGGCUUUGAAUAUUCAACAAUUUUCACAGCAUCCUGAAGAAAAGGAGGUAUUAAUUUUACCCUAUGUUCCGUUUAAAAUCACGUCUUUUGAUCCAAUGGUAUUAGCAGAUUCUGGAAAACAACGAAUUGAAGUAAAGUUAGAAGAAAUCGGCGAUGACAACUUGGACAUGCAAUCAGCACAGACAGUUUCUACUCUUGUCUAG